CUGACGGUGUUCAACACAGAAUGUCAUACGUACCCUCUGGAAGUGUUAAGUGGGACCACAGUGCAGCAAGUGAAGCUCAUGGCAGUUGUACAUUUUUUUGGUCGUCAUGAGGCUGUUGGUGGAGCUCAAGUUGAUGAGAGACCAGGAGUGCCUAAGGGCAGCGGGACUCUUACUUUCCGCUUGGUAUUAUUACGAGGCGCAAGACCCCUGUCAGAUGCCAAUGCUCUUCAUUUUGAGAAGAUUAUAGAUAAUGAUAUCCUCCUGUUGGUGGAACGUAGGGAGCCACCUCCACAAUCUUCAGAGCCUUCUGAAGAGGCUGCUUCUCCUACUUAUGACCAGAUUAACAAUGCAACAGCUCAUCUUCCUAAACGCAACGACGAAAAUAGAGAUCCAGACUCCCCAUAGUGUGCGCCCCACCCCUCAGUCGAUUUUCAGACGGAAUUGCGACGUAUUUUAGUUACGAUGAUUGAAGCUUCAGUAAGGCUUAUAAGUUCUGAUCCAGAAUCAAAGGAUGUUGUUGCCCAAAUCUUGGAGAAAUUAGAACGACGACAUCGACCAAAGGUUGAUCGGAAUAACCUUAGACAACUAGUAGAAAUGGGUUUUGAUGAAACCAAAGCAACUAAAGCACUCCAGUUGAAAAGAGAUUUUAAUGGUGCUAUGGAGUGGCUGUUAGAUGAAAAGAACAUCGAAGGGACUGAACUGAGGGCAUCUAAUGAGGUAGGAACUUUUGGCUUAGAAGUUACGACCGAUAAAAGUUCUGUAGAUGAUCAGCAAGAAGACCCAGCAAAGAGAAUCUUGAGACAGUUUCUUCAGUACCGAAGGAAGUGGUUUCAGCCAAAUCAACAAGCAGUACAGAGACUCAGUGAGAUGGGCUACCCUGAGGACCGUAUUAUAGAUGCCCUAAGAGUAAAUGGAAACAAUGAAAACGCAGCUAGGGAGCUGCUUUGUGAAAACAAAGUUAUACCACCAGAUGAUGUUGGCCUUGAGAGGAACUCUCCAAUUAUCUCUGCGAUUCUUGCUUCUCCUGUCAUCCAGCUUGCUUUGCCGAAGCCCAAAACUCUAUUAGCUCUAAUGAUGUUGUUUGAAAGUCCCACCAAUGCCAAUAUGUGGUUGAGUGACCCUGAUACUCAUCCAGUUGUCAGCCAAGUGUUAAGGAUAUAUCAUGCAGAAAAGCACAGUCUCAACCACAAACGUUGUGUGUCUGGCUCUUCAAGUUCCCCUCCAACGUCUGUUUCUAAUAGCUCAACAGAGUAUUACCAGCCUUUCUUGAGGUCAGUCACACCUCCCAGAAAUAAUUCUAGUUCAGGUACUAGUUUCAGUAUCAGAAGUGAUAGUUAUUCUCCGUCAUUGCAUGCCACUUUUAUAAGAAAUACCAGUAAUGGCAGUUAUAGGAAUGAUCAGCCAAAUACCACUAUACAGUUAUCACCUGGCAGUUCAUCAGGCCUAUCUGGGCAUAUUCCUUCAGUGUCAUCACCUAUCCCAUCAUCACGUGCAGAUCCUCUACCAAACUCAUUCUUUACACCUAAUCAGCAAGGACAGACAAUCGCAGAAGAACCAAUGUCGCACUCAGGUUCACCUAUUAGAGCGAUGGUAGGGUUUCGAACUGUGUCUGGCAUUGCUAAUGGAGACACCCAGCAAUUGAGUCAGACUUCAACAUGUAGUUCAGCUGACGUUGAAAUGGUCGAGUCAAGCCAAGACUCGCAAGAUAUGGAUAUUCAAUAAACAGGUUAAUAUAGAUAAAUUUCUCUAUAUCCUGCAGCUCGGAUAUAAAUGGACAUUUAUUUCUACAGGGAUGCAACCAUUUGCCUUUCAUUUAUGGAAUAUCCUUCAGCAUGAGGUGGAAUGGCUGUUGAAUCUUGGUCAACGAGGUUAAAAAUGUGAUUUUCUAAGACUAUUUUAUUCCUUCUCCAGCUACCACAAUUGGAUACGAUUCAGUCUCUUUCCUGUGGGCUGUUGUAUAGUUGGAUCAGCAUACCUGUACUCUGUUUCAAAUCAUUUCUCUGAAAUGAAAAAUUAACAUCCAUUGACAACUGGUCAUGGCAACACUGAGAUGAACUCACCCACAGACAGAGGAUUGAGAGAAAAUUGCUGGAAGGACGUGGGAGAGAAUAACAAGCAAAUGCUUUAAUGAGAGAGAGAGAGAGAGAGAGAGAGAGAGAGAGAGAGAGAGAGAGAGAGAGAGAGAGAGAGAGAGAGAGAGAGAGAUCUUAUUAUUGUCUUGAGAGUAUCGUAAUAUAAGAAGAGGCCCUGACCUUUUGGUUUUUUUAAGAUUGAUAAAUAAUUAAAUUUAGGACUAUUCUUAUAAAAAAUGUAAAAUUAAAGAGUAUACCGUACCCUUUUAUAAGUUAGUGCUCAUUAAAAAGUAUGCAAGAUUUUCAGUUAGGCUGGGCAUUUCCUUGAUUAUCUUUUAAUUAAUAUUGUUACACAGUUCAAGGUAAAAUUAACAUCUUCAAAAAACAGACAUCACAAAAUGUGCCCCCAAGAAUAGAUUUGUUGUACUGUUCCCUUUGUUUGGAUUUACAUAUAAUUGUCAGUGAUGAAAAUUUUUGCUGUACGGGACAGGUACUCCUCGUUUAACAACGGGUUUCCGUUCCAGCGACCACGUUGUUAAACGAAUUAGUCUUGAAGCGUGUUAUUCUCUUUAUUUUGACUAAUAGUAUUAUUUUUCAGUCCUAUACUAUACACAAAACUAGUUUCUGACAUAGCCUACUACUUGACUAAGUUCUGACAAUGCUUUUUAUCAUCUUAUUACUCGUAUAUUUUAGCUUCAUCAUUUUGUAACUUCAUAUAGUAUAAUUUUCUUUAAAAUAGUGUACUUAUGUAACACAUUUGGCCUACAUUCCCGAGUUAGCCUAAUAUUAAGUCAGUACAGUACCAUACUUUUCUCAGAAUCUGCAAAUUAUUAUCGAUAACUUCCAUAUCCUAAAUUUGGUAUUGCAUAAUUAUUGCUAUUAGUUUCUUUGUCAUUUAUUCUUAUUGUAAGGGUAGUGAGAUGAAAAAAGUAAUCAAUGAAUUUCAAUAGUGAGAUGAAAAAAGUAAUUAAUGAAUUUCAGCGAUCACAAUGCAUUUGAAUGUCGCUGUCAAAACGUAAAGAAAACACACUACCAUCUAUUGAGAAAAGUGAACACUAAACUAUUCGCUAAUGGGAUACACAUUUUCUAGCAUUGAUAAAGAUAUACGCUUCUUACCUCUAGUAUCAUCCAAUCUCAUGGGUGACAUUUCUAAUAUGUAAAUACACAGUUGUUUAAAAGAAAUGAUCAAACUGUAUCACAUAUAAGUCUUUCAAGAAUACUAAGGGUAAGGAAUUCGUGCAUGGCCAAAUGUCUCAUUGUUUUGAUUAAAAGGUUUGACAUGGUAGAGACUUCUCAAGUCGAAUACAUUUUUAAAAAUAUAUUUAUUUUUAAGUUAAUAUAAAAAACAUGUGACUUCUCACAUUUACUUUUCAUUACCAAGAAUUCACACACUUUCUUUUCUUUACUAAGAACUAUUUUCAUAAAAACAAAAAAGGAGAAAUGGCAUAAUUUUUGCUGUUCUUGAAGUUGUAAACAAUAUGUGGUGCAACCCUGUUGGCUGUGCAAUGAACUAGUGGCAGCUGAAUCAAGCCAAAACGGGCAGGGGAGUUCCUGAACCAUAGAAUGCUGGUUUUAAGAGGCAGAUUUCAAGGUUUUCAAAACCUAAGCUAGGCUAGAUUAUUGGCACUGAAUAGCCUUUCUCUUGACCACCAUUUGGCAAUAUGUUUAUUUUCACUGUAUGGUUUUUUUUCUCGCUUCAUGUUGCCAUCGUAACUCCGAGUUGUCUUAAAACGAGUACAGUAGUACCUCAGGAUACGAAAUUAAUCCGUUCCAAAGCAGCCUUCGUAACCUGAUUCUUUUGUAUCUUGAACUACGUUUUACAUGUAAAUUGCCUUCGUUCCAAGCCCUACAAAAACACCACAGUAAAUUUUAUAAUAAAGCUAAAUUGACCAAUAAACAAUGAAAUACAACAAUUUGGACCAUUCAAUACCUAAUAUAACCUUUAUUGUAGUAUGUACAUGUAAAUAAAGUGUAUUAGUGUACAUGGUACAAGAAAUACUUUACGUACAUGUACGUAUAUAUGUAGUAAAAUGUGGAACCUUACCUUUGGAGUGAGGCGAUCUCUAAAAGUGGUGACAGAGGAGGACAAAUGGCAGAAAACAUGAACAAUUAACUUUACAAAACACAUUAAAAAAUGGCAGAAAACAUUAACACUAAACUUUACGAAACACCUUAACAAAUGGCAGAAAACAUUAACACUUCUUGAUUAUCUCCAUCUUUGUUCUCCAUAGAAAGCAUCCUCUUCUUUCUGUAAACUUAGCAACAUUCUUGGGACCCAUAGCUAAUAACAUAAUUAAUUAAGUUCACACACAACACGAUAAAGUAACUUACAGUACAACGAAAGCGAAAUCACUAACGUGAAUUUACGUUAACAAACAAAAUAUAUGUGAACGAACGAAUUCCAGUGUUUACGAUAAUGCUGCUGCAAAAAAUGGUCAAGGAACGCCUUUACAUAGAGGCAUGAUGCUGAACAAUAGGAGAGCAGGAUCUUAUGGCAGUGACUAGCAUCAGGAACCAAUGGGAAAGCAGGAGGAUGGUGGCGAGUCUACUCAGUUGGCGGGGCGCGAGUUUUAAAGUUGUUCUCGGUGGUCCUGGCGAAUCUCGGACUUUACCCUUUUGCAACCUGAGUUAUUUUCGUAUGCCGAGGCAAAAAAAUCUUUGUCUUUGCUUUCGUAACUUGGAUUUUUCAUAUGUAGGAACUUUCGUAUGCCGAGGUUCCACUGUACGUCGUUAAAUGAGGAGUAUCUGUAUUAAGUAACAGAGAAGGGGAAAUGCAUUCUUGUACGUAGGCCUAGGUUGAUUUUUGUCUCGCACCAGCCUUGCUCACUCAUAAUGUCUAUCAACAUCAACAAAAUAAGACCAAUACUUGAAUUCAGAGCCCAAUGAUGGUUAUACAUUUUUCUGGGUUUAUAGUCAAUAAUUUACUGGUUGUGAUUAAAGGCAGAAAUGUAUUCCAAAAAACAUUAGGAAUGAGGUGGUGAUCUUUAAAUGUCACUGGAAAAACUGAAAUCACGAGACUGCAUUUUGAAUGCUUGGCUUCAUUAGACUCGCAUAUAUAUGACAAUUAAAUGGAUAGUACAUAAUUUUUCAUUUUCAGUCUUUGCAACAUUUUAUACAUCAAAUAAUACAUGGUUUCUAUAAAAUACGGUUUGACUUUGUUAAUAGCAAAUUCUCUAAUGUUCUCCCUUUGGGAAUUUUAAGAGCCACUGUAUUUUUAUCCUCCCUGCCCAGUUCACUACAGGUCUAACCCACUUUAUUCUCAUGACAUGAUUUCUACUUAUUCUCAUACACCAGCAAUAUAAGGAAGGUUAUUAUUAAGAAAAGCAUGAACGAAAGGAAAUAGUAAGUAUAAAACAUUCUGACUAGAAAGGAAUUUAGUGAUUUCUGACUGGGUCAGUUAUGUCUAUUUUUAAAAUUCUAUGAUGACAUAUAACUUUUAUCAAAGAAAAAAAAUCUGACUGAAAUAUGUGUUAGAUACUGGUAGUGUGAAUGGGAUACUAUAAGUAUAGUACUGACAAUUAUAUACAGACACCAACCUACUUAAGAAUGAGUUCAUGUUCACUUGUUUAAUUGUUCGUAAGUUGGAUGUUGAACUCUUCGUGCCUUUCAAGCACAUACAAGGCAUGUCAUGCGGAAGUGGUCUUACCUGCCUGACCUUAGUUUUGAGUAAUUAGCAGUCAAAGUUAAUUACUGAUUACCAAAUAAAAGUAGUGCAAUGUAUUACUACUAUACAUCAAAUUAAAUGGUUAGGCUAGAUCUUUCAUGCCAUUGAGUUUCAAAUAAAUAAAAAAAAAAUUGUUUGGUUAUGGUCAAAUUUUUUUAUUUACCCUUCCUCCUGCAGUCAUGGUUUUAAGUAUAUUUUUAAAGAGUGUAUAGAGUAAGAAGUGUUCUCUAUAAAAAGUAUGUUGCUGAGCCUAUUUCCUGAUUUUAUAGAAGUUUUUUGAACAGAAAAACAUUAAAAAUAAGUUAUUUAAAAUAAGUGAGCAUUAUCAGCAGCUACCUAGUGUCUUGGUUUCCAUGCGAUGCUUGGUGGGACCCACACCAACACAAGGCCUCUCCACUAUCACACUUUCAUUUGGUGAUGUUCUUCCACUGACUUGGGUCACUAACUCACUUUUUAAGUGGUUCCUGGCUCCAGAUAUUGUCCUCACUCACUUCCACUACUCUCCACAGUACUUGCUAGAACUCAUUCUGGGCAAAAGUAUGGGAAAACACAGUGAAAACACAAAAAAUCAAAAUAACGUGUUGGAAACUGUAUUUUUCCUUACUGUACAAACCUGAGGUCCUUUAACAAUAGGAAGGUACUUAGCGGCAGCUGAACCAGUCGUAAGCUUCAAACAAGGGGGUUUGGUAGUUAACUAAUUUUCCGGCAGUUGGCGGUCAGCUCGACUGCGAGGAGAGGAGUCACUUUGCUUUAGGCCCAGCAAACGCAGAGUGAGGGGUGGCAUGAGGUGGGACUAUAUGUAAAGGACCUCAGGUUUGUAUAGUUAGGAUAAAUACAAUUUCUGACAAAUUGUUAUUUGUUCCGAUACGUAUACAAACCCUUGGUCCUUUAACAAUAGGAAAAGACACUUCUUGGUGGGUGAAAUCUGAGUCUUAUGAACAGACUGGUGUUCAUCUUACAUUGGAUUCCCUCCCUGGUCGUAAGAGCAGAGGGAGGGAUCCUAGCCUCUGCCCAGCUGAUCGGGGUGUGCACCGCAGAAUCAGUGGUCAGACUUCUGGACCAGAUUUAUAAGAGGGCAAGCGUACCUCUUACAAAUAGCAAAAGGCAAGAAUUAGUUCCUACUUCAAGAGCCAAAAUGAAGUCGUGGGUUUGUCUCUCUCUUGUUGGCUUCCACUCCCUUGUCGGGGAGUGGUGGAUAAACACUCCUAUCCCUACUGAAAGGGAUAGAAUGGAGCUCGGUUGUGUAGCUUACCUGCAUCAGCCUCCUGUUCAGCGUAGUGACGACCGCGGCCCUCUGCCCACAGGUAGAGGAGAAGAACGAAGGAGGAAGAGAAGCCAGUCACACACUCUUUCACUCGUCCAUUCAUGCAGUCACACAAGGAUGCGAUGUUGUUCUGUCCGCUUGGGUGCUGGGUAGAGUACACAACUUGUUGAGCAGCCACCACGGGUCCCAAGGAAAAUUUGUCCAAGGACCUGUGGGUGAUAUCCCGAAGGUAGAAUGAAGUGAAGGUGGUCUGGUUGGCCCAAACCCCUGCCUUCAGAACCUGCACCUGGGAGAAGGACCAAUACCUCUGACUUCGUGGGCUCUCGGACGAAGGGUACGGGUGUCGUCACUACCAGCUGUGUCGUACGCCCUCCUGAUCACCUCACGCAGCCAGAAAGAAAGUGUUCUUGGAAACUUCUUUCUUGGUGACCCCGGUGCUAACAAAGAGGCAUCGACACUCAGGCGUGAGGUUCUGAGUUCUCUUCAGAUAGCGCCACAGCGCCCUCACAGGACAAAGCAGUAUCUCAUCUGCAUCAUUAUUGGUGAAAUCCUUCAGGGAGGGGAUCGUGAAGGACUCGAACCGGUCGUCAGAGACCAAAGGAUUCUGAGUCUUUGCUACGAAGUUCAGGACGAAAUAGUGUGUCACGGAUCCCCAUCCCCUGGAAUGCUUGACGUCGAAGGAAAGACCAUGAAGUUUCCCUACUCUUUUCGCCGAUGCCAGGGCCAGCAGGAAGAGGGUCUUGAGGGUCAGAUCCCUGUCUGACAACUCUCGGAGUGGCUCGAAGGGUCUGCGAGUCAAACUCCUAAGGACGAGAGUCACAUCCCACCCCGGAGGCCUGAUUCCCCGGGUAGGCAAGACCUCUCGAAGCUCUUCAUCAGGAGGGAGAUCUCGAAAGAAGAAAUGUCCACACCUCGCAGUUUAAGGACUAGGGCCAGGGCGUCUCUGUAUUCUUUAACAGCAGAGACGGAGAGGAGCUUCUCUCGGCGAAGGAAGAUGAGGAAAUCCGCUACCUGCUGAAGAGCUGUGGGGGGGGGGGGGGGGGGAGGGUUGCGAAGAGGUACUCCUUUUACGAGGUUCCCAUCGUCCAGCCACCAAGCUAGGUCCUGCCUCACCUCCUCCGUGAGGGAAACGGGGAAGAAGGUAGGGUCCCUUGCCUGUGACCAACACUCCUUUAGUCUCCGCUGAAGAGACCGCAGCUGAAGACACCCAUGAGGGACUAGCUUCUCGAGAGAUGACAGGUGACCGAUCACAACCUGCCACUGCUGAGCUACUUGCUCCUGUAGAGACAGGAACUGUCUUGCUGCCUCCCUGAACCUGCUGAUCUGCGAAUCUGCGGGGAAGACUCGCCCUGCUACCGUGUCGAUCAGCAUGCCCAGGUACUUUAUCCUCUGCUUGGGCUCGAGGUCUGACUUCUCGUAAUUCACUAUGAUCCCCAGAUCGCGGCAGAAUUCGAGGAGUCGAUCUCUGUCCUGCAGCAACUGUGAGCGGGAGCUCACCAGGACUAACCAAUUGUCGAGAUACCUCUGGAGACUUAUCCCUACUGAGUGGGCCCAAGCCAACACCAGCGUGAACACUCGUGUGAAAACCUGUGGGGCGGUUGAGAGACCGAAACAAAUAGCCCUGAAUUGGUACACCGUCCCGUCGAGGAUGAAGCGGAGGUACUUCCUGGAGGAUUGAUGGAUGGGUAUCUUGAAAUACGCGUCCUUCAGAUCUACCGAAAGCAUGAAGUUGUUCUCCCUGAUGGAAUCGAGCACUGAACGUGCUGUUUCCAUCAUGAACCAAGUCUAGCGAACGAAUCGGUUCAAGGGAGAGAGAUCUAUCACUGGGCGCCAGCCCCCGAGGACUUCUCCACCAGGAAGAGUAGACUGUAGAAGCCCGGCGACUGAUCCUGUAUGAUCUCCACAGCACAUUUGCUCAGCAUGGCUUCUACUUCCUGCCGAAGCGUCACGUCCUUGGUCAAGCCAAGAACGUAGGUUUGCAGAUGAACCAGUUUGGAGGUGAGGGGUGGCAGAGACUCGAAGGGUAGUAGAAGGACGUUUACUAUCCAGGUCUCCGCGCUGUAGCGCUGCCAUGUUGCCCAAUGGCUCACCAGGCACCCCCCCACGUCCAGCAGCAGGUGAGGGAGAACGCAGUCCCUAGCGUUUCCCUCCACUCUUCAACUUCUUCUUCCCAGAUCUUCCUCGAGAGAAGGACUGGGAGGAGGGCUGGUUGUGGUCACUCCUUACAGCAGAAGUCGAAGGCAGAGUCUUUCCUCUCUGCUUUGACGAGGCGACCGUCUUAGCCGCAGAGGAAGUGCUAGCUGAACUCUUGGGCUUAGCCGUAGUUGUCCGAGGUUGCCCAGCCACCUUGGAGACUGCCGGGUGGACAAGACGGUCACUAUCGUCAGUGCGCCGCUGUUCCACCACAGUGUCCACCAUCUCUCUGGGGGAGAGAGAGGAGGAACUCCGCACCGGUCUGUUGCGAAGACCCAGAGCCGCCUCACGCCCAGUCGCCCUGGUCACUCAGGUGAGAACAGCGUCUCUAUGCCAGAGAACCACGUUGGCCCACAGGUUAGCCGUCUGGUGGGCCAGGUAGGCGAUGGCCCUACCUCCAGACUGGCACAGUCUCACAGGAGUGAUGUUCCUCAAGGAGGCCACGGCUUUCGACACUGUGAGGGACCACAGGUCAAUCCAGGAGACUGCUUGGAAUGCUGCCAUUGCGGUAGAUUCCAAGGCAAGUGCCUCUUGCUGCAAGAACCAAAGGUUCUCCGACAGGAGCUGCGGCAGAGACACCCCCGGAGUUAGCCUAGCUAGCUCCGGGUUAACCUGUUUGGACGGCAGAGGGUCCUCUGAAGGCACGUAGAAGCGCCUCUGUCGCGGUAGAGGUGGAGGAAGGAGCUUGGCAGACCUACCGGACCAAAGCGAACCCUCCUGUCCAGAGACGAGAGCGUCCACUUGGCUCAGCACGCUGUCAGCCAAGGCCGAUUGAGGCAGACCCACUGUCGUCUUGGGUUCCUUCUUAGGUCGCCAGAACGACUCCAAGCCCGAAGUCGGCUCGGAAGGUGGGAGCGGCGAUCCUUCCCCAAGGUCGUUGUGCUGACGAAUCAGCGCAAUAACCUCUGCGAACGACUUCUGGAUCUCAGGAGUGACUGCAUCCUGUGGAGACGGACCGUCAAGCCCGUCCAGCGAGAAUGCCUCCUGAGACCCUCCUCCUUCCACAGGAGGAACCACGACAGACCCCUCCUGGUCUCCUUCGGCCACUUGCGCAUACGAUCUGGUUGAUCCGAGGACCGUGCCAGGUUUGUAGGGCGUCGUGGUGGGAUCGCGAGGAGCACGCGACUCCUGAUCGCCUCGCUCUUCCUGGUGAAGCCCGAGGAAGUUGAAGGGAUCGGAGAGGCAGACCUGACGCUCCCCCCGCGCCCACUGGCAGAACCGGUGUGCUGAGUAGGCUGAAGGUGAUCACCAACCCACGGUGGCGAUCGAGCUGCAGGCCUGGUCAAGCGGCGACGGUCCCGAGCGUCGGAAGAGCUGCUGCUGGUCUCCCUCUCUGCCCGGUCCCGGUAGGAGCGGCGGUCGGGACCUGCAGAGUCUGCUGUCGCAGUGGGAGCGAGGCCCGUCCUCACGGCGAGUCACGCCGCUUUUACCAGCCGAGGCUGGUUCAGGCAACCGAGGGGACCGCUUCUUCGCCUCAGCCCGCGAGCGGUCUGGGUCCAUCGCAUCAACCCUGGGUACCAGCGUAUCGCCGCGAGAGCGAUCACUGGUCCGGUGAGAGUCGCCUGAGCGACUCCCGCCAGCCUUCCGCUCCGUGCCUGGAUCCUGGCGCCGAGCGGACUCGGUUGCCUGGGUCUUGGUUGUGGGUGACCGUACACUCGGUGACUCUCGCGAACGAGAGGCCGAGACGGUACCUGGCGUCGAGGCAGAACCUCUGGCGCCAGGCGAGGAGGUACCGGUGUUAGCCGGCACUCCUCCAGUCCCCGUCGUCUUCUUCCUUGCGGAAGGAGAGACGGGCCCUGUUCCCGAACAGAGGGAGGACCGGCGGAAGUCCCAACUGUCCCACUGGAGUGGGACAGACCCUUAGAAGUCUCAGAGCGAGCCUUCUUAGGGGGGGAGGCAACCUUCUUCUUCUUCGGCUGUGGGGCCUUAGAAGUUGGAGGGGAAGCGGCGGCAGAUGAAGACGAUGACAACACCUUCCUCCUCUUCUUCUUCACCACCGUCAGGUCUUCCAUCCAGGAUGGAGCCAGGGGCAGUUGCCGAAGCAACAGGGCCCGACUGUACCUGUCCGGAAGGACCUGGGGUGGGAGCAGCAACACCACGGGCAGGAACAACGGUGGCAGGAACUGGUACUGGGACUGGAGCGGCAGCAUACUCAGGAACAGGAGGCGGGGCAGGAACCGGCAGCAACCUCUGCACAGGAGGCAGGUCCAGAGGAGAGCUCUUGGGACACCGGAAGUCCGGGGCUGCUGCAGAAGCGGCAAAACCAGGUGGCAGUGUCACAGCGGGCAUCGAAAUCUCCGGCAGCGGCGCCUGCACAGCAGCUGUCGGGGUCACCGUGGCUACGUGCUGAGUGUACACAAGGUGCGGCGGAGCAGCAUAGACUGGCGUGGACACCGUCGUGGUAGUCAUGGUGGUUGGCCCGUGUGUUACCGGCAUGGCCCCUCUCGCCAGGUGACUUAGCAGCCCCUGGACCGUCGGUGUUCCUCGCAGUCCCAGCGAGUACCAGGCCCGUCCGAGAUCGUCCCUCGUGGCAAGCAGGUCUGAGGAAGGAAAAGUCGGGUGAGUUAGUGGGGGUCUCCCCUCGCCUGAGGGGGCGGGGCAGUUCCCACCCCGAGUGAACGGAGGAACCCCGAGUAGAACUGGAUGUCGGGGUAUCUUGCCCCCCCCCCCCCCCCCCCCCUCCCUCCCUCCCUCCCUCACGCUCGACUGAUCGAAAGAGGAGGAGUGAGAAACCUCCCCCCGAAGGGGAAGGAUCCAUACGAGGGAGCUGAGAUGGAGGGAGAAAAGAGGAAGACGUGUCCGUAACCAAGGGUGUAGCCGGAGAACCCUCCGACGACUUCUUGGCCGACUUACGCGGCUUCUUCCUCCCCCCAUAGCGCUCCCACUGCUCCUCCGACCAAAAUACACAAAUAUCACAUGUCUCGGUGCGAGAGCAUUCUCUCCCUCUACAUCGAGUACAAAACUCAUGAGGAUCAACCUCAACAGAUGAUCGGAAGGCCCCACACUUACGGCCCUCCACACCAGGGCACAAUCUGCGGCUGAUGGGGGGGCGAGGGGGUCUUUCCGGCUCUUGGGAAUCCAUAUUCACUUGCAAUAUUCACUGAGAAUGAAAUAGAAAACACAGAUACGUACUUACGCAGGCUUUGUACAUUCACUAAGUAAAAGGGAAAGAUAAACAGCCUUCACGAAGUUAAGAAAACAGAGCAUACGAUUGAAGCGGGCAGAGAGACGAGCAGCACGUCCAUCCACUAGCGCGGCUGAAAGCAAAGUGACUCCUCUCCUCGCAGUCGAGCUGACUGCCAACUGCCGGACAAGUAGUUAACUACCAAACCCCCUUGUUCGAAGCUUACGAUCGGUUCAGCUGCCGCCAAGUACCUUCCUAUUGUUAAGGACCGAGGGUUUGUAUACGUAUCGGAACAAGUGAAAAACUCUUUUGUAUGUACUCUGGUUUAAAGUCCGUGAGAAAAGUCUGAUUGGCCGAGCAGAGGGGCGCAGUAGAGUACUUCGCUCUCAUUGGCCGCAGCACCCUCCCAAGUUAGAACAUUUUUGUGCCCGAUCUAAAGUUAGUCUGCAUCACUUGUUAUAGCAAAAAAAGCCCCUUUAGACCUUGGCACACCCCGCAUGAUGUUCGUUUUUACCUUUUCUGACAUCAGUACAAGAUAACUGAACCUCAGGACAAAAGGUUCUUGCUUAUAAAUUUAACCCUCCAUUUUUGAGGGUUAAACCACUUUUGCACGACACGCCUCAUGAUAUAAAGUCAAUACCAUAGUAUUGUAUGUUUUUUCAUCCUAAAACACAUUACAGUGUUCCCCCAUAUUCAAGGAGGGAAAGCAUACCAGAACCACCCCCACCCCCAUGAAUGGCUAGAAUCUGCAAAUAGUUGAAACCCCUAUAAAAAUGCUUAAAACUGCCUAUUUUGUUAGUUAAAACUCAAGAAAUACCCACUAAAAAUGUUUAUACCUAGUUUUGUUCAUUAGUUUUAACAUGAAAAAAUGCAUUUUAUGCUGAAAUUUGGGGAAAAAAAAAAAUCAGGAAUUUUUGGAUAUCUAGAAAAAUACCACAAAGAGGUGAAUUUUCUGCAAAUAAUGGGGGUACUGUAUAUGAUCCAGAGAGAAAUCCACAAAUUUGGAGAGCACAAUUAUAUGGGGGAACACUACAGUACAUACAUUGUAACUAAGCAUAAUAGGGGCACAGAACAAAAUUUGAACUUACGGAUGGCAAAGGGGAGCUAUCUGAACAUUUAAUUUGCAAUCCCAUUUAUAUGUAUGUACUAUCUGAAUGUUCUUAAGUUAAAUGUUCGUAAGUACACUGUAGUAUUGUUUUCUAUUAUGUAAGUUGUAAAAUGCCUAUAACAGACACUAUUAUAAAAAUAUUGCGCAUUCAAAUGUUUGCUAUAUUUACAUUCAUUUUAAAGGGUCCUUUUAGAAUAUACUAUAUUGUAUUAAAAACAUGAACAUUUACAUCAGAUAAAUGCAGACUGCCACACAGGUAAAAGCAAUAGCAGAUCAAUUUCAGCUGAAGCUUGGAAUCCAAAAUUCAAGCUAGAUCUUUUCCAUUAGCCAGCCUCCUUCUCUAGUUGUUCAUUUCUUUCUGGUACGUAUUUAGUUUUUAUAUCAUCAUGGCCUGGGCAUAUCUGUAGUAACUCAAAAGGACAUUUGUUAUAAAAGUUAUUUUUGUGAAUACAGGCAGUCCCUGGUUAACAGCAGGCAGGCUCUGUUCCUGGCUGAGUGAUGAUAACCGAAAAUCAUUGUUAACUGGACCAUCAUAAAAAUUAUGGUAAUAAAUGAUGUUUACAAUGUGUAGAAGGGGUGAUAAAUUGCUUACUGACACCGAUAUUCACUACUGGUGCUGAAAAUUUGGUUAACAUCGCUAGCCAAGUGCUGUAACUACCGUCUGAUAGGUGGAUAGGCCCGCCUGCCCGGAUGUAAACGCUCCACUUUGCUUUCAGCCGUCUUCUGAUAAAGAUGUAUGUUUGUGAGCUCUUGCUGACUGCCGUUAAAUCUUGAUUUCCUGGUGGGAUCUUUCCUUUUUAUUUUGAAUAUAUAUUUGUUCCUUUUUAUUUUGAAUAUAUAUUUGUUUGAUGUUAAUAUCAAUUGACUUUAAUAAUUAAUAUACAAACCCACUUUUUGUGAUAUCCUUGCUAGCUGCCUUUCUACUUUUGUGUUAAGGGUUGCAAGGGUUUACAUACACCCUUAUUACAUAUUUUUGCCCUUUAACGUCAAGGGGAGACAGUGUAUUCAUUUGGUAUUUAGUUAUGCUUAUGCUUGGAAAUUACCGAGGGUCUCUUCAGAGGUUUGUCCUUUGUUUUUCUUCUGGUAUUUACUCUCCUCUUUCGUCCUUUCACUAGAUUAGUGAUCUCGUAAUUUGGAGGCAGUGCCCUUGGAUGCGAGAGGAGUAUCUUUUUUUUUUUUCUUUCUUUCUUUCUUUCUUUUACAGGCCAGCAGUGAUGAUAGUUGAUUGCAGCAGUAGAUGGUUGGAUAGCUACGUGUUGGCUAUCUCCUAACCUCGGAAUUGUAUACCUAUAACUUGUAGCAUGCUGUGAUACUAUUCCUCGAGUGUGUGUACUUUCUCAUUACUGGAAAUCAUAUUAAUUUGCUGCUGUUAUCCUGGAAUUACAUCACCUGUACAAGAAUUCUUGCAGAAUUUGGAGAGGAAGAGAGCUCAUCAAGUGUCGUCAUCUUCCUCUUCGUAAUCAUAUUUUUCUUCAACCUCCUCCCCUUCAACUUCUAAGGCUCCCUACCAAAGAAGGAGAGGGUAGUCUCCCCCCAAGAUUACUUGUCAUAGGACUUCUAAGGGUCUGCCUCCUUGAACUGAGGAGGUAGUUGGGUCUCCAGUUGGCUCGCCUGUUCCUUCGGGAACAGGAACAGUCAUGCUGUCCUCGGGGACUAGUGUGUCAUGAGCCAUAGAACCACAAUCUUCGGUUCGCACCUCUACUGCUAGUCCUAGAGGUUCUGCCCCUAAGACUAGUUCCGUGUUGGGCGCUUGUUCGCGAGAUAACCCAAGUGGACAUAAAUCUACAGAUUCACAUGCAUUUAGUCAGUGACGCUGAGUCCACUCACCGUCACAACUCGGGCAUGAAGUGGAAGAAAGGAGUGAGUCACUCAGUUGACUCACACCUUGCCGGUGAUCACUCAUGGUGAUCACUUGGUACCCAGGGUUGACGUGACGGUCCCGCGGGAUCGUGCACACGUUGAGACCCCCCCAUUCAGUCCUUUUGAGAGGUUUCGGCCUUGAUGAGGAUGGGAGGAUGGGGAUGCGUCGGAGGAUGGUACCAGCCCUUGCCAGUGAGAUGUACACUCAACUCCACCCAGACCACAGUUACAUUCGCGUGACUGACCAGUCUUGACGGCGGCAAACGUUUCUCCUGCCGUGCGAGAGUUUCGUAACCCUCCUUGGGAAAGUGUUUCUCCAGGACGAUAAUGCUUUCCUAGACUCACGUCGGGGCCAUCACCGCACAAACCACAGGUUGAUGGCUGCCCGUGACUUGCUGCUUCUGCUAGUUACACUGGCAGGGUGAGCACGAGCGUUGAAUCUUCCUCGCCUAUUCCUUUUCCUUCCUAUGGCCACACUGGGAGGGGUAAGGUGAUUAGGAGGGAUCCUGCAGAGUGCUCUCCGUAGGAUUCAGCGUUGGGUAACUACAUCCCUGGAAGGAUAUUUGGGUGCCACUGGAAGUACGUCCACGUCGUUGAGGAAGGAUGUUCUGUCAAAUCUGGAGACAAUGUUCUCCCUGGCUUUUUCUGUCCUUUGGAUGGAUUUCAAUUCACAGUCCAGUAUUGGUUCUUGCGGUUUGGGAGCCUCAAGUGUAUAUUCUGUUGAAUUGUACUUGCAUUCCAGUCAUAAAUGCUCGCAAUUAUGACUAGUUUUUAUGCCCGUUCCUUCUCGAUUUCUACAGGAGUCGAGGAGGGGCCCCACCCCGAUGAUCAUCAUCAUCUCUCAACAUGUUGGCAAACAAGAUAUGUAGAAGAUUUGCAUGGUUCGUUCUCAACAUCACCCUUCAAAGCCAGGUGUCAUGUCGUGACUACGUCUUGGACGCGCAAUCAUUCGGUAUCUGUUAAAGAGUCUGAAACCUUUAUGAUCACCUGCGCUUUGGAAUUUGUAUUGGUUGAACCAGAUCAGUCAUUACUUAGCCUUGUUGGUGUGUUACUGAUACCUAAGAAGGAUCAAUACCCUUCUUUGAGUGUCACUACCUUUAUCCACUGCUGACUUCCAUGCAGAAGUGUUUAAUGACACGUCUUCCUACAAAUCUUUCGAGAUGAUGGAUAACUUCUCUGCAGUUAGAUAUGUCCACUGUUCGCUCUCUCAGAGACUGAGCAGUGCCAGUGGCUGGGUACAUUUCAUCACUCCAAAGGAUUUGUUGGACCGGAAGAUAGAUGCGGUCUUAUAAUGACCGCAUUUUCAUCUUUCUUCCUUCGGGUCUGCUUACAGGUCUUUGGAACCUCAUUUCCUUGGACCAGUGGUGGUUACUCACAAGUUGUGUUUGCUUACCCAGCUCCUUCAAGAGGAAAAGUUGCAUCUUACCUAUGGUGUGUGGUUUUAAGAGGUAAGAAGGAUGCGAGAGUGAUGGGCCUCUCCACCUUCCCCUCCUCGUUCUUCUGGUGUAGGGUAGGACUCGAACUUACACUUGCUGGUCUGGCGAUUGAUGCAGUAAGCUUGCACAUCUAGUUUCCUUUCUAUUUUUCUCAUCAGAAUCAUAGAAGCAAUCCCACUCCUUCUUCUAGCAAGGGGAGGUAGGAAACUGGCAAUAAUGCAAACCCUUCCCAGAACUUUGCAUUAAUGCUAACGACUAAAUACUCUUCCCAGCCCAUUUUUGGAUGAUUCAUGAUACCUCACUCAUUUCAAAAAGGCCCAGAGGUCUAACUCUUGAUCAUGUAGUUCCUAUACUCAGAUCAAGUUGUCAGAGGUAGGGCACUCCUUGCUCUUACGAUCAGGAGGAAUAGCCCAGGUGUGCUGAACUCCAGUCAAUUCUAGAGGCUCGCUCACAUUCCUCCCACCAAUCAGUGCGUCUCCCUAAUGUAAAGGACCGAGGGUUUGUUUAUCAUGUAAGAACAAAUCACAAUUUUUAAAAGUAAAUUUUAUUUUUCUUAACUAUACAAACCUGAGGUCCUUUACAUUUAUACCCACCCCUCAAUCUGAAACCUAGGCCAAAAAGAAAGGCAAAGUGGAGUGUUUACAUCCAGGCCUAUCCGCCUACUAGACGGUAGUUACUACCUAACCACCUUGUUUAAGAAUUCAACAGCCAUAUUCCAGCCUAUGCUGAAAGUAAUUCCCAGUGUAAAGGACCUCAGGUUUGUAUAGUUAGGAAAAAUACAAUUUACUUUCAGA